GUUUCAACUUGUUCCAACUCUCUUUCUUUGUCUGUAUACUGGAUAGAAGUAGAACCUGGAUAGAAGUAGAACCGCGUACAGCGCUGAUGCUAUGAGUCUGUAUAUCAAUGUCCACUUGACACAAGCUAGAAGACCAAGCAACUGUCAAAAGCCACCCACCUGACUCACCACCAAGCUCCUCUUAUUUGAAACUUCAAGCUCGAAACUAAGUAGCCAAACAGAGCAGCACCAUGGACGCCAAGCAAUCGAAACGCCCGAAACCGAAGCUCGAUCGCCGAAACGCCAUGAGAAACAUAGACUACGACGCCUCAACCUCCUCCUCCUCCUCUUCUUCUCCUUCUUCUUCUUCCUUCGGCCAUGGCUCCCCCUCUAUCAGAACUCGCUCUCUGGACCACUCGCCUCUCUCUGACCACCAACCCAGCUUCCGCGUCAGAGGCAUUGAGGGCGAAUUCGACCUCAUCUGCCGCAGCCUUGGGCUUUCCGGCCCCGAAGACUUCUCCAUCCCAAUCGCAGCCUGGGAGGCCCAGCGAGCUCGCUCUUCUUCCGCCCACUUCCCGCCUCGCUCUCGCCUCCGCCAUGAAAGCCCUCAUGAAUUGCCAGACAGAGCGGAAAGCGGCGCCGUUUUGGAGAAAUCCGAAGUUAGGGUUAGGCUCGACAAUGAAAUUAGCGCUUCGAAUUCGGCGAAGUUUGGGGGAAAUGCCAGAAAGGGUGGUGGUGGUGGAGGAAUUAAAGGUCUGCGCCCGCCUCCGAUUGUAUUGAAAUCUUUUUCUCCUCAAAACCAUAUUGGUGUAGCAAAUUCGCCCAUUCGUGUUGGUGAUGUGAGGUAUUCGGAUGAAGAAGAGGACCUUGUAAAUGAAGCAAAUGGUGAGGGGGAAGUGAUAGAUGAAGCGAGUUUUGGAAAGGACAAUGAUUUGUCUGAUGAUUCUUUGUCAUCUGGCUUAUCUCCAUCCAAUAAUCAAAAUGAAAAUGAAAGUGUUGGUUUUGAUGCUACUUCUAGAGCAAAGCUGGAGCCAAUCCAUAGUAUUUUUUCGCCAAACGGGAAAUUCAGACGCAGUGUUUCGUCAUCGUGGCAAAAGGGUCACCGUUUGGGAAGUGGUUCGUAUGGAACUGUGUACGAAGGCUUUACUGAUGAUGGAUUCUUUUUUGCUGUAAAGGAGGUUUCUUUACUGGAUCAAGGAAGCCAUGGCAAGCAGAGCCUUAUCCAACUUGAGCAGGAGAUUUAUCUUUUGAGUCAGUUUGAACAUGACAACAUAGUUCAAUAUCUUGGCACAGACAAGGAUGAAACUAAGCUCUAUAUCUUCCUUGAGCUUGUAACAAAAGGCUCACUCGCAAAUCUCUAUGAAAAGUAUCUGUUGAGGGAUUCUCAAGUCUCUGUGUUCACAAAGCAGAUUUUGAGUGGGUUGACAUAUCUUCAUGAUCGUAACGUGAUUCACAGGGAUAUCAAAUGUGCUAAUAUAUUGGUGGAUGCGAGUGGAUCUGUGAAACUUGCAGACUUUGGGUUAGCCAAGGCAACCAAAUUCAAUGAUGUGAAAUCCUGCAAAGGGACUGCUUAUUGGAUGGCCCCCGAGGUUGUUAAUCAAAAGAAUCGUGGCUAUGGGCUUGCAGCUGACAUAUGGAGCCUUGGAUGUGCUGUGUUAGAGAUGUUAACCCGUCAGCCUCCAUACUCUCACCUGGAAGGCAUGCAAGCAUUAUUUCAGAUUGGCAGGGGUGAACCUCCUCCAGUUCCUGAUUCACUGUCAGCGGAUGCACGAGAUUUCAUUUUCAAAUGUUUACAAGUUAACCCUAAUAAUCGACCUACUGCAGCUCAGCUAUUGAACCAUCCCUUUGUUAAAAGGUCGCCCCAAACUUCCUCUGGCCCUGCUUCUCCUCAUGCAACAGCUUACGUUCGUGAACACUUUCGCCAACCUUCAGUGCUAUGAUAAGGUAAUAUAGAAACUAAUCUGGCAAGUUUACUACCCUUCUUACAUGCUGACAGCCGUAUCCAUACAUGUCAAGCCAUAUUAGAACAUUAGAUUCCACAAAAGUAUUUUCGGGAGGAGGGGAUAUGCUUCCUAUAUGCUCAUGAAGAUGUGAGAAUGGUCAUUGAUUUACGAAUCAAAGGAAAGCAUCUCCCGGUCCUGUUGUGUAUCUCUGCAUUGUAGCGACUUGCUUGGCCAGGAAAAAAAACAAAAAAACAAAAACAAACAAACUCAUCUAAGGAUCCGAUGCCCACAUUAGUAUUGACUGAACUGGUUGGUCCAGAUCUACUGCUGUUGAUUUUCGUCUUAUGCCAGCUUCUGUGAUAAUGAGACGGUUACUGAAUAACAUAAUGCUUUAAUUGGAUGACAAUGUUUGGCAAAUAAAUAAUGUUUGAACGGGAUUUAUGCGGGGCAGUGAAUGUUGCAAGCAUAUCAAUGUUACUUGCAGAAUAUUUGGCCUGUGAAUUUGUGAAAAAUCAAAGUGGUGCUACAAGAUUGUUACCUUGUUUGUGGAGGCGUUGAACGGCAUCGAAACGAAACAAGGUCAAGCACAUUUUCUUGUACAUUAUUGACUUGCUGUAAAUUGAUUUUUUAUUUUAUUUUACCAAGCAAUAAAAUUGUAGGUCCCAUGUUAAGGAAAAGCAUUUGGGAAAAAAAAAAAAAAAAAUCAGAAUGUAAAUAGCGGUGUAUAAUGAGUAGGAGCGUGGGUGGUGAAGUUCAUUCACCCUGGGAAGAAAGGCCUAGCCCAAGGAGAUGCUUUUAUGGCCGGGGAGGUUAUCAAAGAUGAGCAUUGACAGCCAGGUGGGCCAUAACCUGCUUCAAUGGGUCACUGAAAGAUGAUAUGGAAUUUCCCUGUUAAAGGAGUUGGUAGAGAAUGAGCAACACGGAGCUUCUAUGUUGAGGGAUUAUGAUGAGUGUGUUAUAUCCAACAGUACAAUAAUAACUCUAUACUUGAUUGGACGGCUAUUAAAUACCCCUCAUUAUGACCUCAAUAUUAUCCUUCAUUCUAGCCUUCCCGAUA